AUUGGCCAAUAAGAACGCAUUGGAAAGGACGGCACGCGAUUCCACAUUGGGCAUUUUGUAGCGACGAUGGCGGCAGACAAGGAGGAUGCGAACAAGGCGGCGGCGGGCCAUGGUGGCAAUAACGUCGCGCAAGUGGUCAAGAAGAUUGAAGGACACUACCCCAUAUGGACGCGAAUUGUGCGUGUCGUGUGGAACUUUCUUGUGGACCUCGUGUUGGGCACUUGCGAACUGCAGAGAAUUUGCUCCGAGGUGACAAAGGACACCCGAGGCAUGAUGGUCAAAGUCCGGACGAACGUGGCACUCGACCGGGGGCUCAAGGACGUGCAACAGGACAUCUUCGACUUCAAACCGUUCGAUGUUACCAGCACAUUGCUUCGCGUGGGCGAAAUCAAGCAGUUCGCCAUCUCGAAAAUCUGUGAAUCGAACCUUCGCAGCUGCUUCAUUCGGUUCCGCGAAGUGAAUGAAGUGUAUUCUCAAGCGUUGGCGUUGAAGGACGAAGCAUACGACUCGACGAACGACCAACACGAGGCACUGCUGGAGCAGCUGUGGACUAAUCUAAAGCCAGACGUGCGUCGAUCGGGCGGUCGUUACACGAAGGAGUGGGGUGAGAUUGGGUUCCAAGGCCAAGACCCCAUGACCGACUUCAGGAGCAUGGGGUUGCUCGCGUUGACGCAGUUGGUGUACUACACGGAGCACUACCCUGUCGAAGCUAGACGGGCGCUGGUGCAUGCGAGCCACCCGACGCAAUGGUAUCCGUUUGCCGUCACCGGCAUCAACAUCACGAGGCAAGUGUAAACUGUCGGUCGCUCCUUUGAAAGCUGUGGGACUCAACUGCUGUCGGGUUGGAUGUCUAGUUUUGUGGUGGAUGUGGUGCGCGAACGCCUCGUGGACUCGCGCUUGUACGACAAGGACUGCAAUUUGGACGAGCUGCACGAAUUCUACUGCAUGGUGUUUUCCAUGUUUGACGCGUUGUGGGUCGAGUCCAACCCGACCGAUUUGAUGGCGUUCCCUGCGGUCUUUGGCAUGUUGCAAGAAACGAUCCGACUCGAACUGGCCGAGCGCACGUUUGCCUAGGUCAAUAUAACAAAGCUGGGAUAACAAACAACCUAAUGAACGCUCAUCCCAAAUGUCUUCUCA